AUGCUUGUCCCUAACAAACAGUUGAGUCUUGGUCGCUCCCACAGUUGGGACACAUUAGGGGGGAAUGAGGGUCAGUGGGACAGGGCUGAGAGUGUCUACGAUCAGCAGGCAAGAGUACCCAGCCGGCGGAGCUCUCUGUCAUACGGAGAGGGAGGAGGGUGGUACGAGCCUCCGUCAGGCGUGUGUCCCCCUGACCUGGAUUUGAAACGUGACCCGUAUCGCCACCAAGACUCUCUUUACGGACAGGUUUACACAGAGCAUCAGGACCCACGGGGGCUGAGGAAGGGCUCUGUGCCUGAUCUAAACCACUACGAACGAGCACCCAUGGCUCACAGAGGAUCCAUUCCACAUCAGGAUUACUAUUCCCAUGACCCGGCCAUUACACCUCGGCCACCUGAGGGCUUUUACCGGCCAGAACACCAUCCUCCGCCGCCUCACCCUCAUCCACUCAGUAGGUCAGGCUCUCAUUUUGGGAUGACACCUGGGGCUCGUGCUGUGUGGGAUCAGGGUCAGGGAGGGAGAGUAGGACCUCAAGCCCCUUCAUCACCUCUACCUCCUCCUCCCCAUCCUCCAACAGCUGGCCAACAGCGCGUACCCUCCCGAGAGCCAUCUCCUGCUCACUAUGGUAUGGAGCAGGCAUCUCCUCGGUAUGCCAGUGAGCCUCCACCUCUGACUGGUCAGUCGGUCUAUACUGAUGUUAAUGGCCGCCCAUUGGAUCCACAGCAGCAGGCUGCUACCUGCCUAGUAGUAGAUCCUGCCAAUCAAAGUGUGAUUAUGAGGCAAGACACUGCCUCACCCUACACCAUCCAACAACAACAGCAAUUACAACAGCAACAAGUACAGCAGCAACAAAUACAACAGCAGCAGUUACAGCAACAGCAACUUCAGCAACAACAAAUACAGCAGCAACAACUUCAACAGCAACAACUUCAACAGCAACAAUUACAACAGCAACAGCUUCAACAGCAACAGCUUCAACAACAUCAGUUACAACAACAGCAACUUCAGCAAGAACAGUUGCAGCAGCAUCUGCAACAGCCCCUACCACCUCCCCCUACCAUGCCCAUCUCUGACCCUAACCUUUCUAUGAUGUCUCCACUUCCCGCUCCACCUACCCCAGUCCAUUCAGUCGCUCCAGCUGCACCUCCCCUUGUGCAGGCUGCCCAAUGUCCAGCCCCUCCUCCUCCAGUCACUCCACUUCCUGCUCCUCUUCCUCCCACAGCCCCCCAGACACCUUUGCCUGUGGAUCCCAAGAAGACAGUUGAUCCUGAGUUUCUUGCCCUGUUGCGAAAUGAGGGCCUCUCAGAGAGCACCAUCUCCUCACUUAUCCAGCAGGGAUUUGACUCCACUAGCAUGCUGGCUGUUAUGGAGGAGAAUGAUGUCCGCACUGUCGCCCCCAACCUUGGUCAGGCUCGUGUACUGUCUCGCUUGGUCCACUGCAAGCGGCACGUUGAGGCUCCGCCAGCCCCCUCCCAACCUCAGACACCCAUGCGAGGCCGCUCCAAUAGCUUUAGCCAUCGCUCAGACAUCUACCACCAGCAGCAGCACCAUCAUCCAGUGCACCCCCCACAGAGUUUAACCGUGGACCCCCAAAUGAUGCACCCACAGACUCCUGCGACUAUGCAGACCAUCUCCCCAAGGAUGGGAGAAGUAAUGGGUAGGAGGCCCAACAGUGCCCCCUCUCAGCAACUCCUGGAAACCUCUGGAGGCUACCCAGGCCAACCACCUCGCACCCCAGGGCCAUACGCUGGAGCACUUAUGCCUGUUCAAUCAAGACCCAUGUCGGCCUACUCUUCUGGGGGGACAAUGUCAGGAAUGCCCAUGCAUGGUAUGCAGAUAAUGCCACAGCAAAUGACUGGGUCAAUGCCUGCCAUACCAGGGUCUAUGCACUCCAUGCCAGGUAUGCCACAGCAGAUGCCUAUAUCUAUGCCAGCUUUACAACAGCCACCACAACAGGUACCAAAAGCAUACUCUACCAAUUACACAGUGCCCAUGGAGCUGAUGAAGAGGGACAGGAACGUAAUGCCAUUGUCACCCAUGCACAGCCCUCACCCAAGUCCUCAGAUGAUGCGUAAGGGUGGGGGACCUGGACCAGACAAUGCCCUUGUUCCUAUGGGAGGCCAAGGCCAAGGUGCCCUUGCUGCUAACCAGAAGCUAAGUCGACGCACGGGUCCACCAGUUAUUGUGUCCACGAUGGCGUCUCCAGAUUCCAGUAUUCGGCCGCAGAUUAUGAAUGGGCCUAUGCACCCACGCCCCCUGGUGGCGCUGCUGGAUGGGCGCGACUGCACCGUGGAGAUGCCCAUCCUUAAAGAUCUGGCCACUGUGGCUUUCUGUGAUGCCCAGUCCACACAGGAGAUACAUGAAAAGGUGCUGAAUGAGGCAGUAGGGGCCAUGAUGUACCACACCAUCACCCUGACCAGAGAGGACUUGGAGAAGUUCAAGGCACUGCGCAUCAUCAUCCGCAUCGGCAGCGGAUACGACAACAUCGACAUCAAGGCUGCCGGCGAUCUCGGCAUCGCGGUGUGUAAUAUUCCCUCAGCGGCUGUAGAAGAGACAGCUGACUCAACACUCUGUCACAUCCUCAACCUGUACCGGCGAAACACCUGGCUGUACCAGGCUCUCCGGGAGGGCACGCGGGUCCAGAGCGUGGAGCAGAUCCGGGAGGUGGCGUCGGGGGCAGCCAGGAUCCGAGGAGAGACACUUGGCCUCAUCGGAUUUGGUCGCUCAGGUCAGGCGGUAGCGAUACGGGCCAAAGCGUUCGGCUUCAACGUGAUCUUCUACGACCCCUACCUCCAGGACGGCUUGGAGCGCUCGCUGGGCGUUCAGCGAGUCUACACCCUCCAGGACCUGCUCUACCAGAGCGACUGUGUUUCCCUACACUGCAACCUGAAUGAACACAACCACCACCUCAUCAACGACUUCACCAUCAAACAGAUGCGUCAAGGUGCAUUCCUGGUCAACUCGGCACGGGGAGGUCUGGUGGAUGAGAAAGCUUUGGCUCAGGCCCUGAAAGAAGGCAGGAUACGGGGAGCCGCCUUGGACGUCCACGAGUCGGAGCCUUUCAGUUUUUCCCAAGGUCCUCUGAAAGAUGCGCCCAACUUGAUCUGCACACCCCACACCGCCUGGUACAGCGAGCAGGCAUCACUGGAGAUGAGAGAGGCUGCCGCCACAGAAAUACGCAGAGCCAUCACUGGCCGUAUACCUGACAGCCUCCGGAACUGUGUCAACAAAGAGUUCUUUGUUACCACGGCACCCUGGGGAAUGAUGGAGCAGCAGCAGCAGCAGCAGCAGCAGCAGCAGCAGCCUCAAGUUCACCCUGAGAUGAAUGGUGCCGCCUACAGAUUCCCUCCUGGUGUGGUGGGCGUCGCCCCCGGCGGGAUUCCCGGACCUAUGGAGGGGUUGGUGCCUGGGGGAGUGCCCAUCACCCACACCCUGCCCCCCGGUACCCAUCCGUCACAGGCCACCUCCCCCAACCAACCCUCCAAACAUGGCGAUCCCAUGAGAGAGCACAUAACUGAGCAGUAGGGCUGCUGCUCUUAACUGAACA